AAUAUCUUAUCUUCUCGUCGCCGCGCGCCAAGCCGCGAAGGCCCGUAGGCACCGCUCUGCACCCAAAACCCCACUCGCCGGACAUGGCCUGCGGCGACCUCCUUCUCCUCGGCGCCCACGGCGCCCUCCCAGUACUCGCCAGGUCCUUCCCUUGCCGCCUCCGCGUCCCCGCUCGGCGCCGCCGCCUCGCGUGCCCCAUAGCCGCCGCCAAGGCCGACGUCGCCGACGUCGUCGGCCGGGUUAGGUCGGGCGGCGCCGACCAGAAGCGGCGGCGGAGGGACGCGGAGGAGGGACUCUCGUUCUCCAGGGUGUUCACGAGGAGGGACGGUGCCGAUGAGGAGGAAGACGUGGAAAGGGAGGCUCUGCAGUUGGGUGCGGUGAAGAGUGACGACGAGGCGGGAGGUGUGGAUGGCUCGUACCUCAGUGAAACAAGGUUUGAUCAGUGCGCUAUUUCUCCUUUAUCAUUGAAAGGCGUCAAAGAUGCUGGAUAUGAAAGAAUGACCCAGGUGCAGGAGGCAACUCUGCCCAUAAUCCUUCAAGGCAAGGAUGUUCUUGCAAAAGCAAAGACAGGAACCGGAAAAACCGUUGCCUUUUUGCUUCCAGCCAUUGAGGUUCUCUCCACAUUACCUCGUCAGCAGAAUCAGUUACGGCCACCUAUAAAUUUGCUGGUGAUGUGCCCUACCAGGGAGCUUGCAAACCAAGUGGCUGUCGAGGCCAGAAAGCUUCUCAAGUAUCAUCGCUCACUGGGUGUGCAGGUUGUGAUUGGUGGCACACGAUUGACUCAAGAGCAACGAAGCAUGCAAGCUAACCCAUGUCAGAUUCUUGUUGCUACACCUGGAAGGCUCAAGGAUCAUCUUGAGAACACAGCCGGAUUUUCUACCCGACUUAAAGGUGUGAAGGUUCUUGUUCUUGAUGAAGCUGACCGCCUACUGGAUAUGGGAUUCAGAAGAGAUAUUGAGAAAAUAAUUGCUUCAGUUCCUAGAGAACGACAGACACUGUUGUUUUCUGCUACUGUUCCAGAAGAGGUCCGCCAAAUUUCUCAUGUGGCAAUGAAGAAGGAUUAUAGGUUCAUCAACACUGUUAAAGAGGGUGACGAGGAGACACAUUCACAGGUGAGCCAGAUGUACAUGGCUGCACCCCUAGACCAGCACUUUCUUAUCUUAUAUGAUGUAUUGAAGAAUCAUGUCGCAGAAGAUGCAGACUACAAAGUUAUUAUAUUCUGUACUACUGCAAUGGUCACCAAACUUGUGGCUGAAGUUCUUUCCCAGCUGAAACUGAAUAUAAGAGAGAUCCAUUCCAGAAAAUCACAGUCUGCAAGAACCAAGGUCUCAGACGAAUUCAGAAAGUCAAAGGGUUUGAUACUGGUUAGUUCUGAUGUAUCUGCCCGCGGUGUUGACUAUCCUGACGUCACCCUUGUAAUACAGGUUGGAAUUCCUGCAGGUAGAGAACAGUAUAUACAUAGACUUGGCAGGACUGGACGGAAAGGCAAGGAAGGUCAAGGACUCUUACUGUUGGCUCCUUGGGAAAAUUAUUUUCUUGGCACUGUUAAGGAUUUGUCAAUAUCGGAGGCUGUGGUACCUUCAGUAGAUACAAGUUCUGAGACGGAAGUCAAAAAUGCUGUCAGAAAAGUAGAGAUGAAGAGCAAAGAAUGUGCCUAUCAAGCAUGGCUAGGGUACUACAACUCAAACAAGACCAUUGGUCGAGACAAGUCCAGACUUGUUCGCCUUGCAGAAGAGUUCAGCCAAAGCAUGGGUCUUGCAGUUCCUCCAGCCAUACCUAAAAACAUUCUUCGAAAGAUGGGUCUUAACAAUGUUCCUGGGCUCCGGUCGUCAUAAUCCUGUUGCUCCAAUUUCAAGCAGGUCUUGUGCGAGAACACACUAUGGGCAUUCGACCAGCCAUAGUACCCUCCACUUCGUAAACAGUAUCCUGCUGUUUUACUUCAGUACUGCAGGUAUUCUGCAUUGGCAGAUUGGUUUGCUGAAGGUCGUAAGUUUUGACAAUCGCCUUCAGUUCUGCCCAUGAGCAGAGUUCAGAAGUCCUUGGCUCAAGCAUGACCGAUGCAUUUGUUUUGAAGCCAAAUUUUGUUCGGUCCACUCACCGAUUCUUCAUAUAAGCGACAGUUCAAACAGACCGGGUGAUUCUUCAUAUAUAACAAUUUGUAACAAAGAUAGUGAUUUGUAUGGAAUGUAUUACCUCUGAACCUUUUCGCGAUGCGGUCUUGCCCAUGUUGCAGUAUCAUUUGCUGACUGUACCACAGGGCACCAGAUAGUAAUAGCGUCGUAAACCUAUGUUACAGUAUCAUUUAUCACUAUCGUCAAUUUUCUAAA